AACCUUUUCAAUAAUGAAGCAGACCAUUCAUUGGAGCAAAUAUUGCUUCAUUUUUUUCUUCAUUUAGAAGAAAGUCAACUUUUGAAGAUAAAACUGAAGCCAACCAUGCUUUUAUCUUGUAUUUUGAUUAUGAGCAAUUGAGAUUUUUAAUUUGGCAAUGGCAACCCUGCAUUUUUCACCUUCUUUACUGGCCAACAAAUAUGUAAGUUUCCACAUUUUCAAAUCUCUUUCUUAUGUUGAGAUUUAUUUUUUUGUUUCAAGACAAACAAUAGUCUAUAUAAGUCCGGAAGAGUUAUGGAACUAUGUUUAUGCUGAUUUUCUAACAUUGUAGAUAAAGUGUUUAUCGAUUUAAAGUCUUUGAGUUUUUAUAUCGAGUCUUUCAGGUAUUAGGUCAUUUUAGAGGAAAGUGAGCAAUGAAUGCACUUAAACGAGUCGAAAAUGUCAUUUUAUGGGACAUGGAUGUGCAGAUGUGUAAUAAGUAUAGCAUUUCAUAAAAUACUUUCCACCGAUAAAUUGAGCUCAAUGUUUUGACACAAAAAUAGAUAAUGGAGUUAGUUUUCAUGUGGAAUUAAUUUGAAGUCGAUCCUACGGUGCGAUCAAAGUUGUACUCAUUGUAGUGAAGACUGGUCCAUCGGAAGAAGAAAAACCAGAGCCAUAACCAGAUCAAUAGAUCGUUGUAUAGAUUGAUUGAUCCAGUGGUCGAGACUAAACACAAUAUUUUCUAAAACUCUGUUUCUAAAAUUCUGUUUGUAAAACUCUGUUUUGAUUCAAAACUAUCACUCUAUGGAUUGAGUCUGAGUGUUUAUGAUUUAAUUUUUUUAAUUUUUAUAAUUGUUUCAUAUGUUUCAAAAAGAAAAAGAAUAAUUGUUUCAUAAGCAGAAAAUAAUGAAAAUUUAGGAAUUAAGUAACUUUGAAUUUUCGAAAGAGACGUGGGGACAUAGAGGUUACACAUGUGUGGAUGGAAGUAUAUUUUCAGCUUACUCACUCUUAUGAUCUUAUCCUUGGCUUUGAUUAUAUGAGUUGUUGAACAUUUUAAUUUAGCAAUGGCGAUCCUUCACUUGUCACUGAUCUCGACUAUUACAUGUUCACAACGAAAAGCGACUAGGGCUUCACAAGAUUCCGUCAAAACACAGAAGACUCUUAUUGCAACAGACUCUGUCUCGUCCUUCAGAUUAUGUCCCUGCGGAAGAAGGCAUUUCAUAGGAGCUAUGCCGCUUCUUCCCCUGGCUCCCUCCUACGCUGCUUCUAGCUCGACGGAAGAUUUGAAAAGGUUGCGUCCUCGAAAGCCAGAUUGGUAUGAUGAGCUCUUUGCUUGGUCUAUGGAUACUAGUAUGGAACAGUACGAGAAAGAGAUUUCGAGUUACAAGAUGAAACUAUUUAAUAAUCUGGUGGGAAAAGCAGAAAAGGUUUUGGAGAUUGGCGUUGGAACAGGUCCUAACUUCAAGUACUACUCAAAUAUUCCAAACGUUUCUGUUCUUGGUGUUGAUCCAAACGCUAAAAUGGAGAGUUAUGCGCGUAAAUCCGCAGCACAAGCAGGGCUGAAACCAGAAUAUUUCAGCUUCAUUCAUGCGGUCGCAGAAGCUAUACCAUUAGAAGAUUCAUCGGUUGAUGCAGUUGUGGGGACUCUCGUGCUUUGUUCUGUCGCAGAUGUCACUAGAACGCUCAAUGAGAUAAAAAGGGUACUAAGGCCGGGUGGGGUUUACCUUUUCAUAGAACAUGUUGCAGGAGAAGAUGGAUCAUUUUUGAGGUUAGUGCAGAAUGUGUUGGACCCAUUGCAACAAGUUGUUGCUGAUGGAUGUCACUUGACGAGGUGCACUGGAGAUUAUAUUUUAGAAGCUCGGUUUAAUGGUGGUGCAGAUAUCAAUAAGGCCUCUCUUUCUAGCUUGGCUUACUUAAGCUCUCAUGUCUAUGGGGUCGCUUACAAUUAGAAAAAAAAAAAAGGACAGUGUCUUAGACUCAUCCUUAAGGUAUGCUGAUGAUUGUACAUAGACAAUGCUAUAAAUAAAUUUGAUGGUUUGUGGCCUAUUUUAUAGAGUAUAGAUAAGUCUAAUAUCGAUAUGGGUGUCAUUCUUGAAUUAGACUACUUUUGUAUUAUUUUAGAAGUUUUAGUCAUCAAAGUAUAACUCUGCAAUGUUUGAGGUUGAGUUCCAUGUCCUGAGAUCAAAUCUCUAGAACUCUGGAGACAAUUCAAAAGGCUAAGGUCUGAGAUUGUAUGAUAAUUGUGGCCAUUAUGAUGAUGACUCAAGUGCAGUCAACGCUUUUCCUCUGUCAUCACUCACAUAUUCGCCUUGCGGUGCAAUUAGAGCUUCACGAGAUCAUGUUCGUGCUGACACUCUAAAGAGUCACAUUCCUUUAGGCUCUUCAUCCAGAAGCUUGUGUUCAUGUGGAAGAAAGCAGCCAACUCGACUAUGUCAUUGCUUCCCAUCUAUUCUCCUACUGCUUCGUGAUCAAGGAUGUUUCAGAAACAUUUCAUCCUCAGGGGACAGAUUGGUAUAAGGAGCCUUUUGCUUGGUUUUUGAGCACAGGGAUACGAUCCUAUGAAUCAGAGAUGGAUCUUUUUUUCAGGCAUGUCCAAAACGUUUUGGAUCCAUUACAGCAAGUAGUUGCAGGCGGAAGUCAUCUAAAGAGAAACAGCAGUUUAUACAUUUCGGCUGCCGGUUUUGAUGGUGGCACAGAGAUCAAUACGACGGCAAUGUAUAGCUUCCCUUGGAUAAUAAGACCUCAUGUCUAUGGAGUGGCGUACAAGUAACUAUGCAAGUAACACGCAAGGUAAUAUAAAGAUUCAUGAGCUGAUUUUAGAAAAUCUAUAAGUUCAGUUUCGAUUUUAUGCAAGUUGAUUCUCAGUUUUCAAAACAGUAUGUAUUAUGCAACUCCUACUCUUUGUUACAAGUUAUGCAACUCCUUGCUACUC